AUGGGUGGUUUAAAUAGUUGUCUUCCAUCUCCAAUUGAUACAAUACAUUCAUUACGUCGUCGUCGUCGUAAUUUAUUAACAAAAAUAAAACAUGAUCAAAUACGAUCAAAUAAUAAUAAUAAAAAUAAUUCAAUUAAUUUAAAUCAUGCAUCUGAAGAUGAAUUCUUAAUGUUACCUGGUAUUAAUCGUCAAAUAGCUCAAAGUAUAAUUCAAUAUCGUCAAUUAAAUAAUGGUUUUAAACAAAUUGAUGAACUUUUAUAUAUUACGGGAAUAGAUCAUGAUUUAUAUGAACGUAUUCGUUUUGAUAUAUCUAUUGAUUCAUUUUCUCAAAAUUUAGUUAAUAAUAAACAAGAAUGUAUUAAUAUUAAUUCAGCAACAUAUAAUCAAUUAUGUACAAUACCUGAUUUAACACCAAUACUUAUAAAACGAAUAAUUGAACGUCGUGAACGAAAAGGAUCAUUUCGUUUUGUUGAAGAUUUACUUAGUAUAAAAGGUAUUGAUUAUAUUGUAUUAGCUAGUAUACGUUCAUAUAUUACUGUUGAUGAUCGACAAAUACCAAUAUCAGUUAGUCAAUCAUUAAUACUUGAUCCAUCUGUUAAUAAUCUAUAUCCAACAUUAAAUAAAAACAAUAAUAAUAAUAAUAAUAAUAAUAAUAAUAUAACAUCAGAUUCACUUUCUCUAGCAUCAUUAUUAUUAGAAACUUUACCACCAGAAUUACAAACAAUACUUCUUUCAUCAACAUCAUCACAACAUCCAUUAGUAACAUGUCAAAAUAAACAAACAUAUAUUCGUUUUGCUUCAUGGAAUUUACAACAAUUAACAAAUGAUAAAGUACAAAAUCCAGGUGUAAGAGAAGUUAUUUGUCGAACUAUUCUUGAAUAUAAUUUUUCAUUGAUUGGUAUUCAAGAAAUAGGAAAUAAAGAAGCACUUGAUUAUAUAAUUGAAGAACUAAAUCAUCCAACAAUACCUUUAAUUAAGGAUUGGCCAAAUCAUCAUCAUGGCAAAUGGACAUGUAUAACUAGUGAUGUUUCUGGUCGAAUGUUUCAAGGAAGUGAAUAUCUUGGUUUUAUUUAUGAUGAAUCAAUUGGAAUUGAAUUAAAAAAAGCAUCAUUAUUACCAUUUAAAAAUUAUUUUACACGUUCACCUUAUAUUGUUAUAUUUCGUAUUUAUGAUAAAUAUGAAUUUGUUUUUGUUAAUUUACAUUUAAAAGCACGAAGAUUUGAUGAAAAUGAAAAUGAAAGAACAAAAGAUGAAGCUUUAUCAAUAUCAAUAUUAGCUGAAGCUAUGAAUGAUACUGUUGAACAAAAACAUAUAGUUAUCUUUGGUGAUUUUAAUAUUCUACCAACAGCAUCAGAAUUUAAUGCAUUAGUUCAACGUAAUUAUUCAUAUGUUAUUAAACAAAAUACAAAUAUUAGUAUGAAAACACCACAAGGUUCUACAUGCGUUGAUAAUAUUUGGCUUUCUACUGAAGCAAAAGCUUUAACUACAGAAAAUUCAGGUGUUAUCCGAGAUAAUCUAACAAGUAUGUGGAUUCCUGCUGGUUGGACAUGGGGUGGUUUAGUUAGUGAUCAUUGUCCGAUUUGGAUUGAAUUUGAUUUAUCAUAA